CUGAUGACUGCCACUUGUUGGGCAAGCUCCCCAAGGUGAAGUGCCUGCGGAAUGGACGGCGAGAAGGUCUGAUCCGGUCCAGAAUCCGAGGGGCAGAUGUGGCACGAGCAGGAGUCCUGACCUUCCUUGACAGUCACUGCGAGGUGAAUAAGGACUGGCUGCUCCCUUUGCUGCAGAGGGUCAAAGAGGAUCCCACCCGUGUGGUCAGCCCCGUUAUCGACAUCAUCAACCUGGACACUUUUGCCUAUGUGGCAGCUUCCUCAGACCUCAGAGGAGGUUUUGACUGGAGUCUGCAUUUCAAAUGGGAGCAGCUUACCCCAGAGCAGAAAGCCAAACGACUCGAUCCCACUGCACCCAUUAAGACUCCCAUCAUUGCCGGGGGGCUGUUUGUGAUCGACAAAGCCUGGUUCAACCACCUGGGGAAGUACGACAGUGCCAUGGAUAUCUGGGGUGGGGAGAACUUCGAAAUCUCUUUCCGUGUGUGGAUGUGUGGAGGGAGCCUGGAAAUCAUCCCCUGCAGCCGUGUUGGACACGUCUUCCGGAAGAAACAUCCGUACGUCUUUCCAGAGGGAAACGCCAAUACAUACAUUAAAAACACCAAGCGCACUGCAGAGGUGUGGAUGGAUGAAUUCAAGCAGUACUACUACGCGGCUCGUCCCGCAGCCCAAGGGAGACCCUUUGGAAAUGUCCAGGGCAGAGUGGAGCUGCGGAAGAGGUUGAAAUGCCAUAGCUUCAAGUGGUACUUGGAAAACGUUUAUCCCGAACUUCGGAUUCCCGAGGAAUCGCUCUAUCAGACUGGGAUGAUCAGGCAAAGGCAGAGCUGCCUGGAAUCGCACAAGUCUGAAGGCCAAGAGUUGCCCGUCCUGAGCUUAAAUCCUUGCACUAGCAGCAAAGUCACGGCAGCAACCGCGCAGGAGUGGACAUACACAUACAACCACCAAGUCCGCCAGCAGCAGCUGUGUUUGUCUGUGUACACCCUAUUCCCUGGUUCCCAGGUGCUGCUGUCACCUUGCAAAGAAGGGGACAACAAGCAGCGGUGGGCUAAAGUUGGGUCACACAUUGAACACAUAGCUUCACGCUUCUGUUUGGACACCGAGACGAUUGGGGACACAAAUGAGAGUACCAAAGAGCUUGUCAUCAACCCUUGUGAGAGUACAGCCAUGAGUCAGCGCUGGGACAUGGUGAUGUCUUGA